AUGCUCUCCCGGGUGUGUUUCCGACCGGCGGUUGGACGAAUAGCAGCCCCUCACUCACGGGGCUCGUCCUUCCACCGCGGCCGGAAGUAUGAACAUGGCGUGCGGCUCAUCAGCUGCGUGACAUUCUCGGUGGACAUAACGCGGACAUCGGCUGUUAAGCUCAAGCAAGCAGUCGUAGAUGGCCUCAGGGAGUCGCUAGGACCCGGCGGGCCAGCCAAAAAGCAACAGAAUCAUGAUGAUGCCGCCCUGCUUUUUGUCUCCAAGUCGCUGGCCUCGUGGCUAGACGAUGAUGCCUUCCUCACCCGGAUGGUUGCCUCCGCCGGGAUUGCCACGGGUAGCACCUCACGAGAGGUAACCAUGCUGACUGCCGCCGUCGACGAGGUUCCGUGCUACGACCCCGGCCUCGACUCUCUCUCCUCGUCCGAAGGAGUGUCUGUUUUGCGCGGAAAUGCGAGUCGCGUCCUGCAGGAUCUGACCAGCUUAUCGGAUGUCGAGAUCCCCGGAGACGGCGCCCAGGAGCCCUCGCUGGAGUUUCAUCCGCCCCCGUGCUGGCACGCCGGGCCGCUGGCAGUGACCGUCCCUCUUGCCAAUACCGUCUUUAGCAAUGGCAGGCCACAUACGCUCUUCGUCAGCCGGUGGGGAAGUGAAUCGUCCGCGGGGUCCGCGCGCCUGGUUGACAAGACUCAGAUGACAAGCCAAAGGAUCAUCCUCCCCGCUGCAGACAUGGCCGUCUCUGAAGAAAAAGACCAGUCGACGACUAGCUCGGUGGUGUCCCACCUAGUUCCGGUGACCUCCCCGCGCCGAAUUUCCGCCGGGCUCGGGAACAUUCUGCGCAACAUUGAGAUCAACGGGUCGCCACGGCCGGCGUCCCAGGAGCUAGAGGAUGUCAUUCCGCGGCUUCUCGAGGCACGCCGGAAGGACAAGGACAGCGCGAGCGGCCCUGUAGAUGUCUGGGCCCUGAUCGCCCCUGCUCGUUAUAUCGAGAAGGGCUUGCCUAUCUCAAACCCAUUAGAGCUAGGGAAGUACCAACUCUCAGAUGAAGUGGGCUUGGCCCGGGCCGUGGCGAAUCAAAUGGACAUGUUCAUCGCUGGAGGCUGCCAGUUACGCAAAGUCUUGAGCGGCGGCGGUGGCUGGGGCCUGAAGAAAGGCCUCUUGUCGCUCGACCCCCAGACCCGCCUCACGACCGACGAGCACCAAGACCUCGAGAGCUUCAUCAGCUCCUUCCGAGGCGACACUUCGGCCGGCGGCAUCAUCACCCCGGGCUCGUACGUGCAGUUCUUCGUCGAGCCGGCUCUCCCUUCUCCACAGGAGGACGACGACUACGCACCGGUAACUCGGUCGUCGUCGUCAUCGUCGUCGUCGUCCGUUCGUUUCCGGACACUGACCACUGUUUUUGGGACGCAUGCCCGGCCGCCGAUCCGAUCUCCCCUCGCGGCGACAGCAUCGGAUCCGGUGAGGGCUUGGCCAGGCUUGUUUGGCGCCCUCUCUUCCGAGGCCAUGUAUAUCUCGCAUAGGGGGGAGACGAGGGAUGGUCAAGUGGUCAUCGCCACCAAGAUCGACGUCCCACGCUCGUACAUGGUUUCCACCGCGUCUAAACCGAAAGCUGAAGGUUCUAAAUUGUAA